AUGGAAAAGAAUUUAGGUAAGGAUCAUGUUUUUGUUUUGGGGAAAAUUCCUUGGGAUUUUAGAAGGACUGGUGAUUCUCCUUGGGGAACUAGAUUGUUAGAGCUUGAAAAUAUGCAGAAUCCAAUUAAGUUAUUGAUCGAACGCCAACCGUGGCAUUUGAACAAUAUAGGAAUUCCUCAUCCGACUUAUUUUCAUCCGAAAUCGGACAAUGAUAUAAUUGACUGGCAGCUGAAAAUCAUAAGAUCAAAUCGGAAGAAUCUCAUGAGUUUUGCUGGUACAGCGCGGAAUGAUGCGGAUGACCACAUAAGGUCGAUAAUAAUCGACCAAUGCAGUUUGAAAAGUGACAGUAAAUGCAAGUUUUUGAGUUGUAGUUCUGAUAAAUGUAAUGAGCCAGAAUCAAUUAUAGAACUUUUUGUGGAGUCAGAGUUUUGCUUGCAGCCACCGGGAGAUAGUCCAACGAGAAAAUCGGUUUUUGAUUCACUUAUAUCCGGUUGUAUUCCAGUUAUUUUCGAUCCUUUCACAGCUUAUUAUCAAUAUCCUUGGCAUUUGCCAGAGGAUUAUGAUCAUGUAUGA